AUGGAGGAGGAGAAGAAAGAGACUCCAAACCAAGCAGCAGCAGAAGAAGAAGAAGACCAAAUAGUCAACCCAUGGGAAGUCGCCGCCAAAGAUGGCGGCAAAAUUGAUUACGACAAACUCAUCGACAAAUUCGGCUGUCAAAGGCUCGACCAAACCCUAAUUGGCCGUGUCCACCGCCUCACAGGCCGCCCUCCUCACGUAUUCCUCCGCCGUGGCGUCUUCUUCGCCCACCGUGACUUCAACGAAAUACUCGACGCCUAUGAAAAGGGUAAAAAAUUCUACCUUUACACCGGCCGGGGUCCUUCCUCUGAAGCACUGCAUUUGGGGCAUCUCGUCCCGUUUAUGUUCACUAAGUAUUUGCAAGAUGUGUUUAGGGUUCCGCUUGUGAUACAGUUGACUGAUGAUGAGAAAUGUAUGUGGAAGAAUUUAACCGUGGAGGAAAGUCAGAGACUUGCGCGUGAGAAUGCUAAGGAUAUCAUUGCUUGCGGAUUUGAUAUUACGCGGACGUUUAUUUUCUCGGAUUUUGAUUAUGUUGGUGGUGCAUUUUACAAGAAUAUGGUGAAGGUUGCAAAGUGUGUCACUUUGAAUAAGGUUCAGGGUAUUUUUGGUUUCUCUGGUGAAGAUCAUAUUGGGAAAAUCAGCUUCCCUCCUGUACAGGCAGUUCCAUCGUUUCCCAGUUCAUUCCCACACCUUUUCUCGGGAAAAGAUGAUCUCCGUUGCUUAAUACCUUGUGCGAUUGAUCAGGAUCCAUAUUUCAGAAUGACACGGGAUGUCGCUCCUCGGAUAGGAUAUCACAAACCUUCUCUGAUUGAGUCAACAUUUUUCCCUGCCCUGCAGGGGGAGACAGGAAAAAUGUCGGCUAGUGAUCCGAAUUCUGCCAUCUAUGUGACUGAUUCUGCUAAAGUCAUUAAGAGUAAGAUCAACAAGUAUGCGUUCUCUGGUGGGCAGGAUUCUGUAGAGAAACACAGACAACUUGGAGCAAAUCUUGAGGUAGAUAUUUCAAUCAAGUACCUGAACUUUUUCCUGGAGGAUGAUACUGAGCUUGAACACAUAAAGACGGAGUAUGCUGCAGGACGUAUGCUAACAGGAGAAGUGAAGGGCCGCCUAGGUGUGGUCUUGUCUGAAAUAGUAGAAAGACAUCGCGCCGCCCGAGCCAGCGUGACUGAUGAAGUUGUGGAUGCUUUUAUGGCUGCAAGACCUCUUCCCAAUAUGUUUGACUGA